AUGGCUGCUUACCGUUUCCAUAUUCAGUUUGAAAGCGAAGACGCUUGGCGGAGUUUUGAGCCUUUCGAUGAGAAAUAUAAGAAGGCUCUAGAAAGCAAAGGAGCAGGUGUCGGUCUUGUGAUCACAACGCGAUCCUUACCACCCAGCUACAAUAUCAGGGUGAAUGUGCCACAGUAUGUGACGGUACAGCAUUUGAGAGAGGUCGAUCUUCCUGAGGGAGUAAAGGUUCAAAUCAAAGAAGAGUAA